AGCGUCCUCCUGCAGCCUCUGGAGCGAGGAGCCAGGGCGAAGACGAGGCUGAGCGGGGCCGGAACCAUGAACCGGAGUUUCCACAAGUCUCAGACCCUGCGCUUCUACGACUGCAGCGCGGUGGAAGUCAAGAGCAAGUUUGGGGCUGAGUUCCGAAGGUUCUCCUUGGACCGUCACAAGCCAGGGAAGUUUGAAGACUUCUACAAGCUGGUCGUGCACACGCACCACAUCUCCAACACUGAUGUGACCAUCGGCUACGCGGACGUGCACGGGGACCUGCUGCCCAUCAACAACGAUGACAACUUCUGCAAGGCGGUCUCGAGUGCAAACCCUCUGCUCCGGGUCUUCAUCCAGAAACGAGAGGAGGCCGAGCACUGCAGCUUCGGGGCCGGCUCGCUGUCGCGUCGGAGGAAGGCGCUGGCGCUGCGCGAGGACGGCCCCCGCCGGCGCGCACACCUGCACAUCGGCCUGCCGCACGACUUCCGCCCCGUGUCGUCCAUCAUCGACGUGGACAUCCUGCCCGAGACGCACCGCCGCGUGAGGCUGUACAGGCACGGCUGCCAGAAGCCGCUGGGUUUCUACAUCCGCGACGGCACGAGUGUGCGCGUCGCCCCGCAGGGGCUGGAGAAGGUGCCCGGCAUCUUCAUCUCGCGCAUGGUGCCGGGCGGCCUGGCCGAGAGCACGGGGCUGCUGGCCGUGGACGAUGAGGUCCUGGAGGUGAACGGCAUCGAGGUGGCGGGGAAGACGCUGGACCAGGUCACGGACAUGAUGAUCGCCAACAGCCACAACCUCAUCGUCACGGUCAAGCCGGCCAACCAGAGGAACAACGUGGUGCGCGGUAGCCGCGCGUCGGGCAGCUCGGGCCGCUCUUCGGACAGUGCGGCCAGCCGCCACAGCCUGCCCACCGCCCCCGCGCUGCUGCACCUGCAGCCCGACGACGCCGACAGCGACGACGAGCCCGACGUGGUGCUCGAGGGCGUCCUGGUGGGCGGGAGCGCUGAGGAAGGUCGGUGGCCGGCACGCAGAGAUUGGCCCCCAAACCUACACGAGGUGGGGCCGCAGACAGUGAGCUUCGGAUUAUUUCAGAGGGCAGGGGGCUGUUGA